CUGAAUUAAGCAUCCCUGUUUCUCCUAAAGAGCGACAACAGAAGAGUUCCUCGACGCCAUCAAGAGGAGCAACUAUGGCUGGAGAACUUGUGUCGUUUGGAAUAAAAAAGCUUUGGGACCUACUGAGUCAAGAAUGCGAGCAAUUUCAGGGAGUUGAAGAUCAAGUUACUGGACUAAAACGUGAUCUAAACUUGUUAAGCUCUUUUCUAAAAGAUGCAGAUGCAAAGAAACAUACAACUGCGGUGGUGAGAAAUGUUGUCGAAGAAAUAAAGGAAAUUGUUUACGACGCAGAAGAUAUAAUUGAAACAUAUCUUCUUAAAGAAAAACUUUGGAAAACAAGUGGAAUCAAGAUGCGUAUCAGAAGACAUGCUUGCAUUAUUUCAGAUCGUAGGAGAAAUGCAUUAGAUGUUGGAGGCAUACGUACGAGGAUCUCGGAUGUGAUCCGAGAUAUGCAGAGUUUUGGAGUGCAACAAGCUAUCGUUGAUGGUGGUUAUAUGCAACCUCAAGGUGAUAGACAAAGGGAGAUGCGACAAACGUUUUCUAAGGACUACGAAAGCGAUUUUGUGGGGUUGGAGGUAAAUGUUAAGAAACUGGUUGGAUAUUUGGUGGACGAAGAAAACGUUCAAGUGGUUUCCAUAACCGGGAUGGGUGGUCUAGGUAAAACCACACUUGCUAGACAGGUUUUUAACCAUGAGGAUGUUAAACAUCAGUUUGAUAGACUCGCAUGGGUGUGUGUCUCACAAGAGUUUACUCGGAAGAAUGUAUGGCAAAUGAUCUUGCAGAAUCUAACCUCUAGAGAAAAGAAAGAUGAAAUCUUGCAAAUGGAAGAAGCUGAACUCCAUGAUAAACUCUUUCAGCUAUUGGAGACAUCUAAAUCAUUAAUUGUCUUUGAUGACAUAUGGAAAGACGAAGAUUGGGACCUAAUAAAGCCAAUAUUUCCACCCAAUAAAGGUUGGAAGGUGCUUCUUACUUCUCAAAAUGAGAGUGUCGCGGUACGUGGGGAUAUAAAAUAUCUCAACUUUAAACCAGAAUGCCUAGCCAUUGAGGAUAGUUGGACACUUUUCCAAAGAAUAGCAUUUCCAAAGAAAGAUGCAUCUGAAUCUAAGGUUGACGAGGAAAUGGAAGAUAUGGGUAAGCAAAUGUUAAAACAUUGUGGAGGGCUACCAUUAGCCAUCAAAGUGUUAGGAGGUUUGUUAGCUGCAAAGUACACAAUGCAUGAUUGGGAAAGACUAUCCGUAAAUAUCGGAUCUGAUAUCGUGGGAAGAACCAGCAGUAACAACAGUUCAAUAUACCAUGUAUUGUCUAUGAGCUUUGAGGAGUUGCCUAGUUAUUUGAAACAUUGUUUCCUCUACCUGGCCCAUUUUCCAGAAGAUCAUAAGAUUAACGUGGAGAAAUUGUCUUAUUGUUGGGCUGCAGAAGGAAUAUCCACCGCCGAAGAUUAUCACAAUGGAGAGACCAUUCAAGAUGUUGGACAGAGCUACCUAGAGGAGUUAGUGAGGAGGAAUAUGAUAAUUUGGGAAAGAGAUGCUACUGCUUCGAGAUUUGGAACUUGUCAUUUGCAUGACAUGAUGAGAGAAGUUUGUUUGUUUAAAGCCAAGGAAGAAAACUUCCUACAAAUUGCUGUAAAAAGUGUAGGUGUAACCAGCUCCUCGACCGGAAACUCUCAAUCUCCUUGUAGAUCUCGCAGGCUUGUCUACCAAUGUCCAACUACAUUACAUGUUGAGAGAGAUAUAAACAAUCCAAAACUUAGAUCUCUCGUGGUUCUCUGGCAUGAUUUAUGGGUAGAAAAUUGGAAGCUAUUAGGUACAAGCUUUACAAGGUUAAAACUUCUGAGAGUGUUAGAUCUCUUUUAUGUAGAUUUUGAAGGAAUGAAGUUACCUUUUGGCAUUGGAAACCUCAUCCACUUACGAUACUUGAGCUUACAAGAUGCUAAGGUAUCUCAUCUACCUUCUUCUCUAGGAAACCUAAUGUUACUGAUCUAUCUAAAUUUAGAUGUCGAUACGGAAUUUAUAUUCGUGCCGGAUGUCUUCAUGAGGAUGCAUGAAUUGAGAUACCUUAAACUACCGUUACAUAUGCACAAGAAGACAAGGUUGAGUUUGAGAAAUCUAGUAAAGUUGGAGACCUUGGUUUAUUUCUCAACAUGGCAUAGUAGCUCAAAGGAUCUAUGUGGUAUGACCAGAUUGAUGACUCUUGCUAUCAGAUUAACUCGUGUGACGAGUACAGAAACUCUAUCGGCAUCAAUAAGUGGACUGAGAAACCUUGAAUAUCUUUAUAUUGUGGGUACUCACUCUAAAAAAAUGAGAGAAGAGGGUAUUGUACUGGAUUUCAUUCAUCUCAAACAUCUAUUGUUGGAUUUAUAUAUGCCAAGGCAACAACACUUCCCUUCUCGACUAACAUUCGUAAAGCUAAGUGAGUGUGGCUUGGAGGAGGAUCCAAUGCCUAUUCUAGAGAAGCUGCUUCACUUGAAAGGUGUUAUUUUAUUGAAAGGCUCUUACUGUGGGAGGAGGAUGGUUUGCUCGGGUGGCGGGUUUCCUCAGUUGAAGAAGCUUGAAAUAGUUGGACUAAAUAAGUGGGAAGAGUGGCUAGUAGAAGAAGGCUCCAUGCCACUUCUUGAAACUCUGAGUAUUUUGGAUUGUGAAGAGUUAAAGGAGAUUCCUGAUGGGCUGAGAUUCAUCUAUUCUUUAGAGCUUGUGAUGUUGGGCACCAGAUGGAAGAAGAAAUUUUCUGUAGGAGGAGAAGAUUAUUACAAAGUACAACACAUUCCUUCCGUUGAAUUCAUAGGAGGCUACCUCAAAUGAGGCUCUUACAGAGAAUGUACCAGACGAACCUCUUCUCAAGCAAAUCUCAGAUCAAGUUGGUCAUAUGCCCCAUCUAUCCAUAAUAAACUCUUUGCAUUGUUUUUUUGAUGUCUUUUGUUGUAUAAUCAGACAUAACGAUUUCUGUUGGAGUAUCAUGACUGAAGAACGAAACUACUUAGCGCUUCAUAUCACAAUUUGCUUUUUUA